AAGCCCAUGAUGCCAUCUAUUAUCAAAGCUUAGCCAGCCAUAUAUGAAUAUGAGUGGAAGUCUUUUCUUUCUUUCUACAACUCUUUUGCCUCUUCUCCUUCAUGGCGAUUGUACUUGGGAGAUGAUGAGCAGUAGUGGAAAAGCGUUUCAGUUUUAAUGUAAGUGAUGAGAUAGAAAGGUAAAAAAGGAGAUGGAUGGGACUCUCUCUUGUACUUGCUUCUCUUCCACCCCCAUCCCCAUAUUUUCCUUUCUUGUUUAUUAUUGUUGCAGGGGAUUCCUGUUGCUGGGUUUCUUCUAUUUUAUCAAAUUUCGAUUUUAUAAACUCCUCUCUCUCUCUCUCUCUCUCUCUCUUUUUUUUACAAGAUAGAUAAAACCCACUUUCCUUCUUUCUUUCCUUAUAUUUUUAUCUUUUAUUAUUAUUAUUAUUAUUAUUAUUAUUAUUAUUAUUAAUUCCAAUUCAAUGAGAAAUAGUUUAGAAUUGAAAUGAGAACACAAUGGGUGGAGAGAAGGUGGGAGUGAGUACUGUCUAGGUGAAGAGAGGCUGCCUGCCUAUAAGAAUAAAGGGAUGGUUAUGUUAUUUUGAUGUGUCUGUCUGGCUAGAGAAUUCAGCAAUCACUAGCACUUCACUGCACUAUAUAUAUAGGUAUGUAUAGCCACAGCCAUAGCCAUUGAUAGAGAGAGAACAAAGCAAAGCAAAGCACCCAAACAAAAGGGUUUCCUACUUGCUAUAUAUAAUACCAACAUCUUUCUUCUUGCUUUUGCUUCUGCUUCUGCUUCUGCUUCAUAUUCUAUUGGAUCUUCUUCUCAUUAGCUAUAGCCUCAGUGUGGUAAGUGCUAACUAGGCCUUUCUGUUGCCCUACUUUUGCUUGUUCGUUGGCACAUAUAUAGAUCGAAAGCCGAAGUUUGAGAGAAAUUAAGAUGGCAUCCUCGAAUCGACACUGGCCCAGCUUGUUCAAGUCCAAGCCCGUGGUCUGCAAUCAAUGGCAGCAUGACGUCAGCAACCACCCUUCCUCUAACUGCCACCCUCGCCCUUCCUCCUCCUACAGCCCCCUGGUCGGGGAGGAGCGGAGCCCGGAGCCGAAGCCGCGGUGGAACCCGAAGCCGGAGCAGAUCAGGAUCCUGGAGUCCAUCUUCAACUCCGGCAUGGUCAACCCUCCCCGCGACGAGAUCCGCAAGAUCCGUCUCCAGCUCCAGGAGUUCGGCCACGUCGGCGACGCCAACGUCUUCUACUGGUUCCAGAACCGCAAGUCCCGCACCAAGCACAAGCUCCGCAACCUCCACCCCCACUCUCCCUCCGCCGCCACCUCAUCCUCUUCCAAACCACUCUCCACUGCCACCUCAUCCUCCUCCUCUUCCUCCGACAACAACAACAACAAGCCCUCCCCUCGCGGCUCCAAGCGCACCCUCUCCUCAAGGAACUCCUCAGCUCCCCACCACGGCGUCGUUUCCCCGCAAACUCAGCAUUCCUACUUACCCGCGGCCCAACACCACCACGACUUCUUCCCUGGGCCGGAGCCCUUUUUCCCGCAGGGUAGCACCAGCGUGAACGUUGCGCCUCCGUUUGGGCAGGGGUUUUGCUUCUCGGAGCCGGCGGCGGUGAAUGUGGGGCCGUGUACCAGUCUUCUGCUCAGCGACAUUCUGAGUGUCGAUCAAGCUCCUGCGGCCUACAGAAAGCUGGAGAAUCGCCACAGUGACGUGGCUGACGAUGAUGAUUGCACCAAGAAGUUGCACCAGCUUUGCUAUACGCUGGCGCCUACUGUUCCCAGCAUCGGCCUCGGCCCGCCAGGUGGCAAUCUCGAUCUCCAAUCCGACGGCGUUGGUGCUGCCACGUGCAAUACCACCGCUUCUAAUAAUACUGCUGCUGUCCUUCCUUCUUCCCUAAUUCUCAACCAAUUUCAAGGUAUUGGUGGGGAUAAUGUGCAGCCGCCGGCGGGAGUCAGCGGGGGAGGGAGAUCGCCGACGGCGACGGUGUUCAUAAACGAGGUGGCGAUUGAGGUUGGGGCGGGGCCGUUCAACGUGAGGGAGGCAUUCGGGGACGACGUGCUGUUGGUUCACUCUUCCGGCCAGCCGGUUCUGACCGACGAGUGGGGAAUUACGCUUCACUCCCUCCACCACGGCGGUUUCUACUACUUGCUACCCUUCUCCACCGCCCACCACAUUUAAGACGAUGAUGAUGAAAGACAGACAGACAGACGAGACGAGUGGCGCCUUGAAAUACCCAGCGCCAGCCCGUACGUGUGGAUCCCAUCGUAUCGUGUUCUGGUGGCGAAUUAGGGGGCUUUUUUUUUUUGUUUAAAUAUAUUAGCUAGAUAGGGUUUUUCUGAGGCCACACUUGUAGCUAGGUUUGGAUGUGGGAACAAAGCCGUGUUGGAAGCUUCUUCUUUUGUGGCCUUUUUUCUCUCUUUUGUCUCUGUUGCUGGCUUUAUCGCUUACCAAGUAUCAACUCUUUUUUUGGCUUUGUUUGGUUGCGGCAAUCUUGCUAUUUAUCAAAGCCCAAGUAUGCUAUAUUGCUAUUGCUAACUUUUCCCUAUAUAUAUAUACUUGAAACAGAAUAUAUAAGUGUGUUUAUG